GGGUUGGGGACUUGGGGAGUGGGGGAACGGGACGACGCGGACGAGCUCAUUCCUCCUGUCCACGUCUCGGUUCGGACUGAAUCUGAGCAAUGUUGCUUGCCACAAUUAGCAGGUGAGUGGCCGCCUACCAACAAUGUCCGCAUCUCGUGAGGUUGAUGAUGGGCCUGCCGUGCUACAUUUAUAUAGAUGGAAAAGGUCCCAACCACAUCUUGAACUAUCGGAAUUUCGAGAAGCUUUCAUAUCUCCUACACGGCGUCUAUUUGGACUUCUCUCGGAUCAUGGCGAUCUUAUAUUGGCAAUGACUGAUGUCGAUCAAUCACAAGUUCAAUCACCUAGUACCCUCUCAGAUAGCUGUAGUCCAGUCCUCUUUGAUUGCUUUUCUUCUAUUCCUAGAGUGAAGUCUUUAGCAUGGGGGCAAUGUUGUGAUGCCUCUAGUCAACUUGAGGAUUCAAUUUUUAAUGAAGUUCUUGUUGUAUCUAAUGAUGAUUCUAUCACACUUCAUGCGUUUUGUCAUUCCUUCAAAAGCACACUAACAGACAGUUCUGCAUUGGAGACUCGAGAAUUGCAUGGGGAGUGGAAAGAGUGGCAUCCUAAUCAGUGUUCAGUGUUGGAGGAUGGUGAGUCAGACCCAAAGAACUACUUUCGUUCUUUUCUGACUACAAUCAGUGGAUCUGUUUCUGAUGGGAAGUACCAAGCCAAAUUUCCUAUGAAAUCUUCACUUCCUCAUUCAGCAGAGGUGGUAUCGUUUAACAUAUUUGACAUUACUUUGUCUUUUUUGAGGUUCUGGUCUAGCAAUUAUCCUUCGAAGACUCAGAUGCAAAAUGAUAGUGAAUCUCAACAUGGUUUUCAUGGUCAUGUUCCUACAACUGAAGCAUCCUGCAAUUGCCGGUGGGAGUGUUUAAAAGUUUUGCCUAGUUGUUCAGGUUAUUUGAUUGGCCUGGUCUUAGUUCGUUAUGAACCAGUGAGCUGUGAGGUCCAUCAAUGCAACAUGAAGGAUAUUUUGAUUGUUGUUCUUGAGAUAAAUCAGUGGGGUAUACAGUGGAACUUUGUUGCAGACCUUCAGAAUGUAUAUGAUCGUGCAGUUCCUAAUCAACAAUGGGUUGAUUUUCAAUUGUCAGAUGAUUUUCUUGCCUGCCUUAACUUGGGAGGGUUUGUUGUUAUUUGGAAUGUGAGAACUUCUAAUAUCGUCGCCUCUUUUAAUGUGCUUGAACGGUGCAGAACAGAUCUAGAAAUUCCUCUGUGGAGCACCACACCCACUGCAAAAAAACUUGAUGGAGAAAAUACCCUUGUUCGGAAUCUCGCAGGAAGAAUGUUUAAGAGGUUAGUUUUGUCAUCAUAUUCACUUGUUCUUGCUGUCGUUGACGAGGUUGGGGUAGUGUAUGUGUUCUAUGGUGAGGGCAUCUUAGAUUUGAAAACCAGUAUGCAUGGAAACUUUCAUCCGUCUUCCAUGUAUCAUUGUGGCGGUAGUUUUGCUGCCUGGGAAGCUGCUGGUCAUGAGAUUGGGAGUCUUACAUUUUGCAGUCAUCAAUCUGGGCAACAAUUGGUCUACAACUUUUCAGAAAGAGACAGUCCUGGUGUUGUCAGACCUAGGAAAAGAAGAAAACAUUGUAGGAGUAACGAAGAUCAGGUGGAUAGCUGGCCGAGCGGUUUCAGUACUACAACACAGAUGGAAGAUGAGUUAGCUUAUCCUGACACAAUGGCAGUUUCCAAUCCAUUAAGAAGAGUGAUCCUUCCACCAUGCAGAUUACAGGAGAAUGUAAUUAGCAUCUCGCCUUUUGGACUAACAAGAGUCUUUAGAAACUGCAUUGCAGAUGGAAAGAAGCAUCUUAGAAUUGUUCACACGAAGUUUCUUAUGGCUUCAUCUUUCCUUGACGAGAGGGAUAUUGAUGCUAGUUUUCUUGAAAGGUCCUCAUUUCAGAAGGAUUCUACUUUUACGGGAGAAUGUGUCCUUUGCUCUUUUCAGGGAUAUGUGUAUCUGAUUACCCAGAAUAGCCUUUCUGUGGUUCUUCCAUCAAUUUCUGUUUCAUCCUUUUCAUCUCACAAUAAUGGCAUCAAAUUUUGGCAACCGACUAAUGCUGGUGGUAGUGCAUGUGAUGCUCUGAAUUUAUCAUUAGUAAACAUGCCUGAAACAAGGUGGAAGCCUUGGCAUGCAGAAGUUUUGGAUAGAGCAUUGUUGUAUGAAGGACCUGCAUUUGCAGACAGGCUCUGCUGGGAGAAUGGGUGGGACCUGAAAUUCUCUCGGUUGCGUUGGAUGCAAUUGGCCUUGCAUUACACAAAGAUUAGUGAUCUUGAGCAAUCAUUACAUAUGCUCGCGGAGGUUGAUCUCGCAGAAGAAGGUGUCUUGCAACUGCUAUUAGCAUCUGUCUACCGGCUAUUAAGUAGGACAGAAAGUGAUAAUGAAGUUGCGGCAUCAUCCAAGUUGAUGGUUUUAGCUAUGCGCUUUGCGACGAGAAUGAUCAAAUCCUAUGGGCUACUUAAGCAAAACAAAGGUACACCAGAAAAUUCAGUAAAACUUCAUGAAAUGGCUUUCCUUUUGGGGGCAAUUAGAAGUAUCCAGAGCCGAAUCUCUGCAAAGAACCAGAAUUCUAUUCGGAUGCAGGGAGAUGACAAAAGGUCAUUGAAAAUAGGCACAGAAAUAUCACUGAACAACUCUUCAUUGCCAAUUGUUGUAGUGGAUGGUGUUUCAGCAGGACAAUCGGGUGGCAUAGAAUCUCGUGAUAGGCAAGAGUCACGACCUGCAAUGUUUGAGUUAGUUUCUAGUAGCAAUGGACAGUUAGUUUUAACUCCAGUUGAAUCCUCUAUUAGUGCUACUGAGCAUCAUGUCAUUGAUACUGAUCAAGUUGUAAUACCAAGUACUCAAGGAAAUAUCAAAGAUAUGAUGAACCGGUGGGAAACGAAUAAUCUGGACUUGAGAACUGUAGUAAAAGAAGCACUAAUGUCUGGUAGACUACCUUUGGCAGUCCUUCAACUGCAACUGUUGCGCCAGAGGGAAUCGUUUUCCAAUGACCCAGAAGAUGUUUUCUCUGAAGUUCAUGAAAUAGGAAGGUCCAUCGUUUAUGAUCUGUUAAUGAAGGGUGAAACUGGAUUGGCAGUCGCAACCUUGGAAAGACUAGGAGAUGACAUAGAGUCAGACCUCAGGCAACUUAUGCAAGGUACGGUCAGGAGGUUACUUAGGCAGCAAAUUGCUGAGGAAAUGAAGAAGCGUGGGUACAUGAGUUCAAAUGAGUGGAAGAUGCUGGAGAUCAUAUCACUGAUUGAGCAAUUUUACCCAAGCAGCAGCUUCUGGGACACGUAUCUUGGCAGGGAGAAUGUCAUUCACGAUGCUGCAAACAUUGUUACUCUACCAGGAGAAGAUAAACCAGUACUAAUUCUCCAUAUUCAUAGCCAUUCCCCUAUUGAAUGUGGUGAUGUUGAUGGAGCUGUGAUUGGUUCUUGGGCAAAUGUGAAUGAUUACACUAAUCUGAAGGAGUUCUCUGAAAGCAGUUUAUCUGAUGGUUAUUGGGCCUGUGCUGCCAUAUGGUCUGAUGCUUGGGAUCAAAGAACUGUGGACCGUAUAAUACUGGACCAGCCUUGUCAUGCGCACACUCAUUUCUCAUGGGAAUCUCAAUUUGAAUAUUUUGUUGCUCAUAAUGAUGUGAUGCAAGUCUGCAAACUCCUGGACAUUAUUCCUGACAGUGUACUUCUAGAAGGGAUUCUUAGAGUGAAUGUGGAGAAUUCACAAGCUACUUGCAACACUAUGACUAAUGUAGCAAACCAGGAUUAUAAAAUGUACUUGUGUGACUCAGAAGAGCCAGAACCUUUUUGUAUGGAAAUACCACAUGUCAAAGUAUUCAGAUCUUUGUGUAAUCAUGACUCAACAUCUUGGAUGAGAAUGAUCAUGCUACAGGAAUUGGCAAAGAAGCAUAUUUUUAUGAAAGAGUAUUGGCAAAGCACUACUGAAAUUAUACCUAUACUUGCCCGUGCAGGCAUACUUAUUAAUACAUCAGAGCUUUGUUCAGAUGUGCUAGAUGAUGCAUAUUACUGGGAUUGCGAAGGAGCACUGCACAAAUUAGUCCUGCACUUUUGUGUGCAGUAUAACACACCAAACCUACUGGGCCUCUAUCUGGACUACUGUAACUUGGCUCUUGAAAAGGAUUCUAUCCCUUCGCUCAAGGAAGCCACAAGUGAUUGCAAGUGGGCACAAUGGUUACUCUUCUCCAGGGUCAAAGGUUAUGAAUAUGAGGCAUCCUUUUGUAAUGCACUUUGGAAUUUGUCACAGGAUAAGGUUAGGCAUAACAGCCUUGCUGCUAUUGAGAUAGAUGAAAUACUGUAUACUGUCGAUGAUAUGGCUGAAAGAAUCGGGGAAAUGUCUGCUCUUGCAACCCUAAUGUAUGCUUCAGCACCAAUCCAGAAGUCCAUAUGCACUGGAAGUGUGAACAGAAACUGUGGGAUAUCUUCUCAGUGCACAUUAGAGAACCUUAGCCCUCGCCUUCAGCAAUUUCCAACACUAUGGAAGACCCUUCUUUGUUCUUGUUUUGGGCAAGAUGGCUAUGGUUGUUUAAACUGCUCUCCAACUAAUGAGUUUGGGAAAUCACUAAUUUCAGAGUAUCUGCGCUGGCGCUAUAACAUUUUUUCCUCUGCUGGAGGAGACACUUCAUUGCUGCAAAUGCUCCCAUGUUGGUUCCCAAAGUCUAUUAGAAGAUUAGUUCAGCUAUUUGAACAGGGCCCUUUUGGAAUGCAACUACUAUCAAAUACACCGUCAUCCGAAGAGUUGUUUACUCACAGUGUCGCAGAUUAUAUAUACAAUACUGCGGGGUAUAGUGAAGUUAAUGCGUUGUCCUUGGAAGCAUCCAUUCAAAAAAGUGUUGAGGAAGAACUGUACUCUUCCCUUGAGGAGAAAGACUUGAGGGUGGAACACCAUUUGCACCGUGGUCGAGCAUUAGCUGCUUUCAGGCAUCUUCUUGGUAAAAGGGCUUCACAGUUAAAAUCUGCCAAUGCACGUCAAGUGAUCUCAGCGCAGUCUAGUGUCCAAGCAGAUGUACAAUUGAUACUAGCUCCUUUAAGUCAAACUGAACGGCCAAUUCUUUUAUCGGUAGCUCCACUUGCUAUUACAAACUUUGAGGACUCAACUCUGGUUGCUUCGUGCACAUUGCUGUUGGAACUCUGUGGUCUCUCUGCUAACAUGCUUCGUCUAGAUAUUGCUGCACUUCAACGUAUCUCCGACUACUAUAAGUCAUUUCAUCAAAAUAAACAAUGCGAGCUAUCUUCACCAAGGAGUCCUAGGCUACAUGUACUCUCCCAUGGAGCUGACAUUGUUCCUACUCUUGCCCGAGCAUUAGCAGAAGAUUAUGUCCAGUCUGAUCAUCUUCAUGUUUUGGAGCAGAAGCAACCCUCUAAGUCCCCCAAGAGGGAACAUCCAUCACAACCUCUUAAAGCUAUUCUGCAUCACCUUGAAAAAGCAAGUCUGCCAGUGUUAGAGGAAGGUAGAACCUGUGGGUUUUGGCUUUUGAGUGGUAUCGGUGAUGCAUCUCUUUACCGAACACAGCAAAAUGAAGCCAGCCAACAUUGGAAUUUGGUUACGGAAUUCUGCCAGGCACACCAUCUCCCAUUAAGUACAAAAUAUCUUGCUUUACUGGCCAAUGACAAUGAUUGGGUUGGUUUUUUGACAGAAGCUCAGGUGUCAGGUUUUCCAAUUGAAGUUGUCAUUGAAGUGGCAGCCAAAGAGAUAAGGGAUUCAAGAUUGAGAACUCAUAUACUGACGAUUCUGAAGAACAUGAUGUCAACUAGAAGGAAAUCAUCUAAUAAUGCAACUUCAGGAAGUAGUGAGUUCUCUUUUGUUGCUGUUGAUGGUGAUAGCACUAUGGAGCUUUUCUCUGUACUCGCUGUCUGUGAAAAACAAAAGAACCCUGGGAAUGCCCUCCUGAAUCAAGCAAAGCAAAUGCAGUGGUCUUUAUUGGCUAUGAUUGCUUCAUGUUUUUCAGAUGCGACUCCUCUCUCAUGCUUAAGUGUUUGGCUUGACAUUACGGCUGCAAGGGAGAUGUCAUUGAUCAAGGUGGAUGGUAUUUCCUCGAAAAUAGCAAAAAAUGUUGGAUCUGCUGUUGAAGCCACAAAUAAAUUACCAAGCAUGAGUAGGAAUGUUGUAUUUCGUUACAACAGGAAGAAUCCAAAACGAAGACGAUUCCUGGAGGCUUCUCCCGAAAGCUUCAUAUCAGGUUUCUCAUCAUGUGGACCAAGCUCUAUUGCAGCUUCUAGUUCUCCAAAUGUUGAUGCUCAGCAGAAAAUACAAAACCCCAUAUCUGAAGAGACUAAAACUCCAGUUGAUAUUGAUGAAAGACUUGCAUCAUUAUCAAGUAUGGUGGCAGUGCUUUGUGAACAGCAGUUGUUCCUACCAUUGCUUAGAGCUUUUGAAAUGUUUCUUCCUUCGUGCUCCCUUCUCCCCUUCAUUCGCUCUCUUCAGGCAUUUUGUCAAAUGCGUCUGCCCGAGGCUUCGGCACAUUUGGCAUCAUUUUCAGCAAGACUGAAAGAGGAAGCAUCUCAUGCUCAAUUAAGCUCUUCAAAAGAAGAGUCAGCUAUGAUGGGAUGGGUAGCUGUUACUGUUGUAAAAGCUGCAGAUGCAGUACUCUUGACCUGUCCAUCAAUUUAUGAGAGGAGAUGCUUGCUAGAGCUCCUUUCAGCGGCUGAUUUUUCUGAUGGUGGCUACUCGUCAGCUUAUUUUCGCCGAAGUUAUUGGAAAAUAAUUUUGGCUGAACCUUCUGUAUGCAAAGAUGGUGAUAUCUACAAGUGGAAUGAUUCCAUGGAUGAUGCUUCCCUCUUAGCAUCAUUAGAAAAGGAUGGUCGAUGGGAGCAAGCACGAACUUGGGCAAGACAACUAGAGUCAAGUGAUGUAGCUUGGGAGUCUACUUUUGAUCAUGUCACGGAAUCACAGGCAGAAGCUAUGGUUGCUGAAUGGAAGGAGUUCCUCUGGGAUAUCCCACAAGAACGUGCAGCUUUGUGGGGCCACUGUCAAUCGCUUUUCAUGAAAUAUUCUUUGCCUCCUUUACAGGCUGGAUUAUUUUUCCUUAAGCAUGCUGAAGCAGUAGGAAAAGAGAUACCAGCACAAGAGCUUCAUGAGAUACUUCUGCUAUCUUUGCAAUGGCUAAGCGGAACUUUCACUAACUCCUCUCCGGUAUAUCCACUUCAUCUUCUCCGUGAAAUUGAGACUAGGGUUUGGCUCCUGGCUGUGGAGUCAGAGAGUCAGUCUAAGGCUGACGGAGAAUUUGCACCUCCCAGUGUUACUCAAAAUCUAGCUACUGGAAACAAUACCAAUAUUAUAGAACAAACAGCUGAUGUCAUCACAAAAAUAGACAAUAGUAUGAGUUCACCACGCAUGAGAACAGAAAGGAAUGGUAUAAGGGACAACAAGCCAUCAUUCCAUCAACAUUUGCAACUCUUUGAGUCUAAUGGCGAAGGAACGAACAACACAAGGGCAAAGCGAAGAUCAAAAACAAAUAUGCUACUUAGACGGGUUGCCAAUGAUAGUGUUGAUAGUAGUAUAAAUGAUUCUGGUGAUAAUUCUAACUCCUUUCAUAACUCAAAGAUUGCUGGACAAGCAAGCAAUUUGCUGUCAGAAGAGGAGUUUGCAAAGAUGGAAGCGUCUUUAUCUGGCUGGGAACAAAAUGUUAGGCCUGUGGAUAUGGAAAAGGCUGUUCUCUCCUUAUUGGAAUUUGGACAAAUAACUGCAGCCAAGCAACUUCAACAAAAGCUAUCUCCAUCAUAUGUUCCUGAGGAACUUGUCCUUGUUGAUGUUGCUUUGAGAAUUGCCAAUAACAGCAGUAAUGGAGAGAUCAGUUUAUCAUGCUUUGACUCGGAAGCUCUUCCAACACUUCAGUCACUAGGAAGCAAUACGAUUGAUCCAUCUGAGGUUAUGGAGGAACUAGCCAUGAAAUGUGGUGAGGGUCGUGGACGAGCUCUUGUCAGGAGAAUAGCAGCAGUUGUUCAAACUGCAAAAGUACUGGGGCUCCCAUUUUCUGAAGCAUUUGAGAAACAGCCAAUUGAACUUCUGCAGUUGCUUUCUCUGAAAGCUCAGGAUUCUUUUGAUGAAGCUAAAUUUUUGGUGGAGACACACACCAUGCCUGCAUCUAGCAUUGCAAGAAUUCUUGCUGAUUCCUUUCUAAAGGGCCUUUUUGCUGCACAUCGUGGAGGUUAUCUGGAUUCCCAAAAGGAAGAAGGUCCUGCACCCCUGUUAUGGAGAUCUAGUGACUUCUUGAAGUGGGCAAAAUUAUGUCCAUCAGAACCAGAAAUUGGCCAUGCUUUGAUGCGGUUGGUCAUGACUGGUCAUGAAGUACCACAUGCUUGUGAGGUUGAACUCCUAAUACUGUCCUACCACUUCUACAUGUCCUCUUCUUGUCUUGAUGGAGUGGAUGUUCUCGUCACAUUUGCAGCUAAUAGAGUGGAGUCAUAUGUGUUGGAGGGAGAUUUUUCUUGUUUAGCUCGCUUGAUCACUGGAGUGAGCAAUUUCCAUUCCUUGAGCUUCAUUCUUUCCAUCCUCAUAGAAAAUGGGCAAUUGGAGUUGUUACUUCAAAAGUAUUCUGCCACCGACUCAGCCACAGGGGCACCUGCAUCAGUUCGAGGGUUUAGGAUGGCUGUCAUUACCUCACUGAAACAUUUUAACCCAAGUGAUGACGACGCUCUCUCUCUGGUGUAUAAGCACUUUGACAUGAAACAUGAGGCUGCUUCUCUCCUUGAGUCACGUGCAGAGCAAUACAUGAACAGGUGGUUAUCUCGACAUGACAAAGAAAGGAGGAAUGAUGAGCUCCUUGAGGCUAUGCAUCACCUUGUUGAGAUGGCUGAGGUUCUUUCAACGAUUGAUGCUGGCCAAAGGACACACCGUGCUUGUGCUCGCGCUUCACUCCUAUCACUUCAGAUCCGUAUACCCGAUCUUCUGUGGAUUGGUCUUUCGGAAACUAAUGCUCGGCGGAUUUUUGUAGAACAAUCUAGGUUUCAGGAGGCCCUCAUUGUUGCUGAAGCAUACAACAUAAAUCAGCCAAUGGAAUGGGCUCCAGUCUUUUGGAACCAGAUGCUGAAGCCAGAUCUAAUCGAGCAGUUUGUGGCCGAGUUCGUGUUGGUGCUGCCCCUGCAGCCACCAAUGCUACUCGAGCUUGCAAGAUUUUACCGGGCAGAGGUUGCAGCCAGGGGGGAUCAGUCGCACUUCUCAGUCUGGCUUUCUCCUGGAGGCUUGCCUGCGGAGUGGGUGAAACAUCUUGGCAGAUCAUUCAGGAGCCUGCUCCGCAGAACGAGGGAUAUGAGGCUGAGGCUGCAGUUGGCAACUCUUGCAACCGGAUUUGGUGAUGUCCUUGACGCAUGCAAUAGAGUUUUGGACAAGGUUCCAGAGACCGCUGGCCCUCUGAUCCUGAGGAAGGGCCAUGGCGGUACAUACCUCCCUCUCAUGUAAAUCCUUUCCUAGUGAUCCAUCCAUCCUGUUCUACUUUCGGCAGACUGAUCCUUACAGGAGUAAAUAGCGAGGUUAGGUUUUUCUUGUCCUUUCUUUGGCACCUGCGUUCAGCGAUUCUUGCUCUUUUUGAUACAUACUGUACGGAUGAAGCCAUGGGAGACCUUCGGUUUGUAUAUAUAUACAAGCACUCUGAGUGGAUAAGAUGGUCGCAGCCGAUCGCGAGUGAGUUUUUGCUGCUUCAGUCGGUGGAAGUUUUCGUGUGGGUUGUAACGUCGCACUCGUGGUGCCUGAUGUUUGUAGUUUUUUUUGUUGUAAAUUACAUUGAGCCAACCAUGAAAUUUUGUAAAAGUUGUUUGAUGCGUCACCUGUACUUCAUAAGACACUCAUUGAUA